CAACGCUGCGAAUCGGAUCACGCACGCACUGGGCCCCUCCGUUUCCAUCAUCGUCUUCUUCCAUGAAAACGAAACCAAACCUUCUUUCCAUCAUCACUGUGCUGUUCACGUUUUCACCAUGGAUUUGACGGCGAUCACGCUCGUGUCGCUGCUACUAUUCCUCCUCUUCUUCAUCACCAAGUCCAUUUACUCCCUCCUGUGGGUCCCGCUAAGCAUUCAGCGUCACUUCAGGAGGCAAGGUAUAGGCGGCCCCGCCUACCGUCCAAUCUACGGAAACACGGCGGAGUCCCGGCGGAAGAUGAUCGCCGACGCGGAGGCAAAGCCGAUCUCUUCCAUUAACCACGAUGUACUUCACCGGGUGGCUCCGCACUACUACAACUGGUCAACGAUCUACGGGAAGAACUUCCUGUAUUGGUUCGGGCCGGUCCCCAGGCUGGCAGUUGCUGAACCGGGCUUAGUCAAACAGAUCUUGCUAAACACUGAUGGGUCGUUUGAGAAGACUAAGUUCAACCCUCUCUCUAAGCUGCUGCUGGGAGAGGGCCUUGUUGGGCUUUCCGGCGACAAGUGGGCUCUCCACCGUAGGAUCACUACCCGGGCAUUUAAUUUGGAAUAUGUUAAGGGGUGGGUUCCAGAAAUGGUAGCUACUACGAGGGAGUUAUUAGAGAAGUGGGAAGAAGAAAGAGGAGAAAGAAAUGAGUUUGAGGUUGAGAUGCACAGGGAAAUGCAUAACCUCUCAGCUGAAGUGAUUUCCAGAACAGCUUUUGGGAGCAGUUUUGAAGAGGGGAAACGCAUAUUUGAGCUCCAAGAACUGCAGGUGAACCUGGUUUUGCAGGCGAUCCGAAGCGUGUAUAUCCCGGGGUUCAGAUUCUUGCCUACCAGGAAGAACAGGACGAGGUGGAAACUGGAGAAUGAAACUCGAGAAGCAAUAAGGAGGCUGAUUAGGAAAACUUCAGAGAAUGGAAAUAGUCUGCUUUCGCUGUUGAUGUCCCCGUAUAAGAAUCAGGAUGGUGAAGAUGAGAGAUUGGAUACAGAGGAGAUAAUAAACGAGUGCAAAACAUUCUAUUUUGCAGGAAAAGAAACAACUGCAAAUGUUUUGACCUGGGCUUUCCUGCUUCUGGCUUUACAUCAAGAAUGGCAGGAAAAAGCUAGAGAAGAAGUUGCCCAGACCUGCAGAAAUAAGCCACCCACUGCAGAAAAUUUACCAGAUUUCAAAACUGUAAGUAUGAUCAUAAAUGAGAGUCUGAGACUUUAUCCACCGGCAGUGAUGUUGAUGAGGCAAACGUCCAAGAAUGUUAAGCUAGGGAUGUUAGAGAUUCCUGCAAACACACAGUUUUACUUGGCUAUGAUUGCCAUCCAUCACGACCCAGAAAUAUGGGGGGAAGAUUCACACGAAUUCAACCCGAUGAGAUUUGCAGAGUCGUCGUCUCAGAAGCAUCCUGCUUCUUUGUUUCCAUUUGGUUUAGGUCCCAGAAUCUGCGUUGGCCAAAACCUUGCUCUCGUGGAGGCUAAGAUUGUCCUGGCCAUGAUCAUCCAACGCUACUCUUUUGUUGUUUCUCCGUCGUAUGUUCAUGCCCCCAUGCAGUCCAUGACCUUGCAGCCUCAGUAUGGCGCACAAAUCCUCUUUACUAGGUUGUCAAUUUGAGGAUAGACUUCCUUCAAAACUUCACUGUUGCCCUAUGUUACUAAAACUUAUAUUUAAUUAUAAUUGUAUAAUCACUCUGGUUUGCU